AUGUCGGAGCCUUUAUCAAGUGUCAAGCAAGUUACACCUAGCCAGGAGUACUUCCUCGAAGGGGGAGACCUAUAUCUGUUGGUCUGCGAAAUACUCUUUCGGGCCCACUCCUUUUUUUUUGUGCGCGAUUCCGUCGAAUUUCACGGUGUCCUCAGCAAAAUUCCCGAGGAUGGCAAACCACGGCCCGGGUCUGCGGACUCUCCUAUCCUCAUCAAAGCUGUCACUCCCUCUGAGUUCACCAAAUUCCUGUGGGUAUUUUACAACGAAGAAUACUCGGUUUACGAUGCUACGGCGGAUGAAUGGACCGGCAUAUUGAAGGUUGCGCACCAGUACAAGUUCCCGAAAAUCAAGAACCUGGCGAUUCGCGAGCUCAACAAGUCCAGUUUAUCGGUCGUCGAAAAGAUCAAAACAUUCGAGCUUUAUGAAGCAGACCGAGAGCAUAUCGUGCCGCUAUACGCUUCCAUGUGCAUGCGGGACGAAGGCCCAUCUGACGAGGAGAUUGAGCAAAUGGGGCAGAAGAGGUUUGUGACAGUGUUUCGCGCCCGUGAACGCCUCCGUGCACUGCCCAGCAGCGGCAACGCAAGCCCUCUCCCCCAAGGCGUCGAAGAAGGCGACGUCCUCAGGACUAUAUCUGACUUCCUGGGUCUUGGCCCUUCGAGUUCCGCGAACGGCGGCGCUGCAAGCGCCACCUCUUCAUCCACGAACGAUCAUGGCGCCGGCGACAAGAAGUCUGGCUCGAAGACCAAUGGCUCCGACGUACCUAGUGGCACAAAUGGCCAUGGUUCUUCGAAGCCUCGACGUGGUCGUGGCACCUAA